AUGCUUCAUGGCGGCAAUACUGCUCUGCAUAUAGCAGUUAAAAGGCAAAUGAAAGACGAGGUGGGCUAUAUUAUUGGAAGAAAGCCACAAAUAAAUAAGAAGUCCGAUAGACUGAGUACACCUUUACAUGAAGCGGUUAAAUGUGAAAGAGACAUAACACAAAUUCUACUGGACAAUGGGGCAGACAUCGAGGCUAGAGACAGAACUGGACAAACACCAUUGCAUUGGGCCCUCGGUUAUACAAACUCUUUGGAUCAAGUUAGGACUUUGAUCAUAAAUAGUGCAGAUGUGGAUUCCAUGGACGAAUAUGCAAGAACCCCACUACAUACUCUUUGUUCUAAAGGAUUGCGCAUAAACUUUGAUACUUUCGAGCUUCUUCUACAGAAAGUGUCCGAUAUAAACGCAGGAGAUAUGAACGGAGCUUCCCCAUUGCAUAAGUUGAUGAGAUUCUUACAGGUAGAUUCAGAAUCUGAGAAGGAAAAAUUGAUUGAUCUAUUCUUGCAAUAUGGCGUCAAUUUAAACGAACAGGACCAUUUCUCUGAUAGCGUUCCUGAUAAAGAAAGGCGCAGAUACAUCCAUUCGGAAUGGAUUGGGCGAAACAUUCAUAAAUUGUAUGAUUCGGAGUAG